CAUAUGCUGCUUGUGUAAUCUGUCAAGUUUGUUUGGGUUUUACGCCCGGAAUCAGUGAUUCUACUCCUUUGGGGACUUUAUCCUGGCCAGAGAUGAACGAUUUCAAUCACAAGAGUGUUUUUGUGUUGGAUCACACCCCCUACUUCGGAAUCUCGAGUCAGACAAGCGUAAAUCUCGAGUUUCUGGGCUCCAAAGCCAUCCUCCUGCCACCUUCGCCGCUUCCCAUCAUCUCCAAGAGCCUCUGGACCUGCUCCGUGGAGGCUUCAGUAGAGUACUGUCGAAUUGUGUGGGAUCUCUUCCCUCAGGGAAAAUUUGUCCGCUUCAUUGUGAGUGAUAGUGCUGCCCAUAUUGUAAAUACCUGGAAUGCCACGACUCAGAACACGGUACAUGUCCUCAAUGCCAUGUCCAUGAUUGGGACUCCGCCCAGGUCUACGGGACAGGUCACUGAGUAUUCAGUGAUUCAUGGGCUCAGGGCGGCUAUUGAGGCACUAGCAGAACCUACAGAAUUCCAGAGGGAAUGCGUAUCCAAUAUCCAUUCCGGAGACGGCAAAAAGUUGAUCAAUCGUGGCAGGAUCAUCUGUAUCACUUCAGCCAGGGAUGAUGCCAGCAUGAAGAGCCUGGAGGAUAUUGUCCAUACAGUGCUCAUUCAGCAGAAUUCCAUUUCCAGCAGCCAUGAGGAUUCCUUUGUCAUUUCCCACGUCCAUCUGGUCAUUGUGAACAUCUGCCCAUCCAAUGCUGAACUCCUUGUCUCCAAUCGACCCCUGAGGGACAUCUCGCCCAUUUUCAAGUCUGAAAUACACUCUGUAAGAGCCUCGGACAUCUCCAAUCUCCUGACCCAUUUGAUUCUGUCGCAUUAUGAUCUGGCCAGUACCACAGUCACGGGGAUUCCCAUGAAGGAGGAACAGAAUGCCAGUUCCAGUGCCAAUUACGACGUUGAGAUUUUUCAUAGCAGCAUCGCUCACUCCGUAAUCCUGGGAAAUGAAUUAGUUCUGCCCAAGAGCACGAAGGAGGGAGCUAAUUAUGAGACAGUCACCCUCAAAUGGUGCACUCCUCGUGGCUGUGGAUCCUCAGAGAUGCAACCAUGCCUGGCACAGUACCGAGUCACUCCCGUGGAUGUCACUUCCAGGCCCAGUUCCUGCCUCAUCAAUUUCCUCCUGAAUGGGCGUUCAGUUUUGCUGGAGAUGCCUAGGAAGUCCGGAGGAAAGCUGACGAGUCAUCUUCUGUCUGCCCAUGGAGGUGAAAUCUUUAUUCACUCCCUGAGUAUCGCUAGGAGUUCCCUCGAAGAUCCUCCAUCAAUCUCAGAAGGCGUUGGCGGAAGGAUAACUGACUACCGGAUCCCGGACUUUGGAAUGCUGAUGCAGAGAUUCAAACUGAUUCCUCUGAGGCAGCUCGCAGAGCGCCCAAAGGAUGAGAAUCUGUCAAAGUUGCGAAGGAAGCUGUACAGAAGCACAAAAUACUGGCCAAUAACCCUUGGAUCGACAAUUCUCUACAGUGUCCGGCAGUUUGUCGAUCCUCUGCUGUCCCUUAUCACGAAACCCGAACUGACAGACGAAGAUAUCAUCCAGUGUCAGCAGGUAGUGUACAAUCUAGUGAGCCUGGAAGCCAGACAUGAGCAUCUUCCUCUUCCCAGCAUGGGACACAGGCUAAAGGGCAGCAAAAAAGAGGACCAAUACCGACUCUUCUGGUCAGAACUAGAAAUCCUCGUGGCCACUUCCGGAACCUCCAAGGGACACAAAACUGUUCUGGCUUGCAUCCGGGAAUGUAGAUCACGUGGCUCAGAUUCCGCAGAGAAAUUCACAUUUGAUGCAACUCACCGGGAAUUUGAUACGCAGGAAGCAACACACAAAAGCAACGUGAUCAGAGCCACAACAGACUCUCCAAUGUCACCUCCGUCAGCCGUGGACAUGUCAGCGAUUGGGAAGAAGUUCUCGAGUGGCGAAAACAAAUCACUCCUGGACAUAAUAACUGCAUCGGAGAAAAAUGCAACGCAGAAGAGACUCGACUUUGGUGGCAGAUUGUGCACUCCGGCCGGACAAAUAGCCAAGCUCUAUCCCAAUUUGGGAGCCAAGGAAGCACCAGCGAGGGAUGCAGAAAUUAAAUAAAAGCCAGAAAUGUUAAAUAUAUCAUGAUUUUAUUGAAA